GCAGGGCUUCCGUUGACGUGAGGAACUUCACUGUUGUUGCUUUUGCACUGUGGACUUUUCGCAAACCCUGUGAUGGGAAGAUUGUGUGUUGAUAUUUCAAAUACAUAAGCCAGAACAAUGAUUUGCAUGCUGUUAGUUGCAGGGCACGGCACGAUUUUAGAGACACAGAUCAAGAGUGAUAUUACAGGUCUGUAUGCUCAUCUGACCGGUGUGCCCAAAGCUCUGUUACCUGGAGUGGGGGGAAAGAAAAUAUUGGAUUUCUGGUGGGAAACCGUCAACACGCGCCAGCUCUUCAGUGAAGUCUACCUGGUUACAAAUGCUGAUAAAUACAAGCACUAUGAACGGUGGGCAACAGCAAAUGACUUUCCAGUGGAGAAUGUUGUGAAUGAUGGCAGCACUACUUUGGACAACAGACUUGGGGCUGUCGCAGAUCUUGAGUUGGCCAUCAGAAGCCGACAGCUACAAGAUGACAUUAUGGUGAUCGCAGGAGACAUGCUUUGUGCUGAUCAGAACUUUGACAUUGCACAAGUCAUUCGCUUUUUCAGAUCUAAGCCUGGAGAACUUGCUAUAUAUUAUGAACUGGAGUCAGGAGAGAAGAGCUACACCAGAGGAAUUGUUGAAGUUUGUCCAAACACCCAUCGGGUCAUGCGAUUCUUUGAGAAGCCUCAGGAGGGAGUCACUGCUUCUCGUCUGGCCAGUGUGGUGUUCUACUGCCUACGCAAAGAGUCCUUACUGUACAUCUCUGAAUUCCUCAUUCAAAACCCUGAUGCUAAUGAUAGAACUUUUGGCAAGUUUUGGGAAUGGCUUAUAAAUGAGGAGAAAAUUCCUGUUUAUGGGAUGAAGUUACCAACAGGAUUUCAACUAAUUGGACAAGUGGGUCUGUCUGAUUACACAAAAUGGCUCGCACACUAUUCUUCAAAGCAGCAGCUGUCCCCAUCUAAACCCAUUACAUGCCGCUCCUUUGCCAGGGUUGGACUCAUGGGGAACCCCUCUGAUGGUUUCAAUGGGAAAACUAUUGCUAUGAGCAUAGCUAACUUCUGGGCUGAGGUCACGCUUAUUGAGAGCCAGACUCUGGUUCUUCUACCUCAUCCUCUGAAUGACCCCACAGAGUUCGGAAGCUUGCAGGAUCUUUUUCGGAUCAGCCGGAAAGAAGGGUAUUUGGGAGGCCUGAGACUUCUACAAGCCACCUGUAAAAAGUUUUACCAGUUCUGCUCUGAACAAGGCAUUGCUCUGUCCAAGCAGAACUUUACACUCAAGUAUGACACAAACAUUCCUCGGCAAGUGGGUUUAGCUGGCAGUAGUGCGAUUGUGUCUGCCACCUUGAAGUGCCUGAUGAAGUUUUACAACAUCACAGACAACGAUCUUCCUAAACCAAUCAGAGCCAACUUUAUCCUCAACGUUGAGACUGAUGAGCUGUUCAUCACAGCUGGUCUACAGGAUCGAGUUGUGCAGGUCUAUGAAGGCUUGGUUUACAUGGACUUCAACAAACAGCUGCUAGAUGAGCGGGGUUACGGAGAGUACAUUCCCUUCGAUAUGAGCGAUCUUCCCUUGUUCUGGCUAGCCUAUUUGGGCAAUCCGAGUGAUUCUGGACAAAUUCACAGUAAUGUUAGACAGCGCUGGUUGAACGGUGAAUCUGCUGUUGUUGAAGCUAUGAAAUCCUUCGCUGAUCUCACAGACCAAGCCCGGGCUGCCUUUCAGUGUAAAGACUGGCCCAGACUUGCACAGCUCAUGGAUGAAAACUUUGAGCUUCGCCGGUCGGUGUAUACUGAUCACUGUUUGGGCCCUGGAAGUCUGAAAAUGGUCCAGAUUGCGAGACAGUUUGGAUCUGCAGUCAAAUUGCCUGGCAGUGGUGGUGCUGUGGUUGGAUUGUGUAUGGACACUGAGCGGCUGGUGGAGAUGAAGAGGGCUUUCCAAGAGGCAGGAUGUGUGUUUUGUUUUAUUGUGCCUUAUGAUCCAUCAGUGCAGGGUCAAAACUGAUCAAUCAGUGGAAAGGUUUUAUUGUUUGUUUGCCAAAAAGCUGUGUUAUAAAGACUCCACAAGAUGAACAUUCCUUAAAGUGAUGGUUCAGCCAAAAAAUAAAAA